UCGCAGUCUCCGCCUACGCGGCGACUCUUUAUAAGAUAGUUCUCCUGACACGUACUUCCUUUCACUUUGCGCUCGCUAACUGCUGUUUUACUUAUUUAAAGUCCCCUCCCUGCCAGUGUUUCGGACGCCAAGAACUAUGGCUGGAAUCCAGGAACGCACCUUCAUUGCCAUCAAGCCUGAUGGUGUACAGAGGGGUCUUAUUGGAGACAUCAUCAAGCGCUUUGAACAGAAGGGAUUUCGACUUGUUGCCAUGAAGUUUGUCCAUGCCUCUGAAGACCUUCUGAAGCAGCAUUAUUAUGAACUCAAAGACAGACCGUUCUAUCCUGACCUAGUGAAGUACAUGAAUUCUGGUCCUGUGGUGGCUAUGGUUUGGGAAGGCCUUAAUAUUGUAAAGACUGGUAGGGUAAUGUUGGGAGAGACUAAUCCUGCAGACUCCAAGCCUGGCAGCAUCCGUGGAGAUUUCUGCAUCCAGGUUGGCAGGAACAUCAUCCAUGGCAGUGAUUCUGUCGAAAGUGCCAAUAAAGAAAUCAACUUAUGGUUUAAGCCUGAGGAAUUGGUGACUUACAAGAGUUGUGCCCAUGACUGGCUAUAUGAGUAAAAGUCAUGUGUUUCUGCCACAAGUCAUUCUCUGACCAGCCGAUCAUUUCUUGUGGAUUUUGCUAGAAUGCUGUCAGAUUUUCGCUGGAAAACAUUUGCCAAUAAAUUUUUGAAAUCUGAA